AUGAAGCAAAAGUCGCGUCAAGACAGUCCCAUUGGCCGAGUUGCCACCACGAUGAGCACGGACGAGAUGACCAAGCGCAAAGCCUCCAAGGCACGCUUUCUGUCCAAGGGUAACGAGGUGACCAACGGGUUGCCGCAGUUGCAGGAUGGAUGGAAUCUUGCUACGAUCAAGGAAGGCGGUAACCGCGCCAAGCCCGAAACACCCAAAUUUCUACAGCUGCUGUACGAGAUUCUAGAAGUGGAGAACCCUCGUGUGAUCCGGUGGUCGGAAGACGGUCUGGCACUGCAGAUCCUGGAUCCCGUGACUGUCACAGAGCAAAUCUUGCCCAAGUACUUUAACCACACCAACUUCCAUAGCUUCCAGCGGCAACUUAAUUAUUUCGGCUUUCGCAAGUGGACCAAAUCCAAGACGGACAUUUGCACUUUUAGUCACCCUUUCUUUCGCGAGAACCAGCCAAAGCUGCUGCUGCUCAUCAAACGCAAAAAAGCCCCACGUCGAACGCCAGCCAGCACGUCCAGCCGCAUAAGUGCAGGCACAGCAGCGGUGAAUUCGAUUUCCAAGCUACGCUCGCCUUGCGGAAAGCGAAAAUGUCCAUCGGAUGACACUAACGCAGAAGUCUUUCGUGCUCAAAAGACGAGCAUGCACAUUGGGAUGAUGAACUUGACAGCGGUCCGUGCCCAGUCCAAGCUUGACGAGAUGCCGCUCAGCGCCAUGACCACGCCGCACGGCUCUUCCUCAAACGACGCUCUGAGUUUUUCGCAGCAUGGGUCAAAUCGCCAUUGUCCGUCGGAGCUGAAUAAUGUUAUUUCUCCCUUGGCGGCCACGGAAUGCAAGAAGAAGGCAAAGAAACUCGACAAGAAAGAACACGUGUCGACUACAACCAUAUGUACUCCGUUACCAUCACCGAGCGAUGUGUUCAAGUCAAUCAUUAAUACGUCGGCUGGGCCGUUGACAAGUGCGCCAGCAUUUGUGCCGUCGGGGUCGAUGCCAGCUGGCAGCAAGAGCACUUCGUUGUGCAACAGUAGUUGCGCAAACUCUGAUAGUGGGUAUGCUCCUAUUGUAGGACUCACUUCCACCCCACUGCCGACUCUGAGUAUCGUGCGCAGUCGACUUAUUCAGCGACAGCAGGCUAGUAAAUUGGAAGAGCAGCAACAGCCAGACGUUCAGCAGCAGCAGCAGUAUGACUACAAAGGGAUCGCUGGAUAUUCAGCACCUCGUAAUUCUCUGUGUACGAGUAUGCCUGCGGUGAAGAAUCGACCCGAGGUUUUAGUGCAGUCAAUGGCCGUGGCUCCGGUCUCUCGAACAGAAUUGAACUCAGGCGAGAGCGCUGGAACCUCAACCUCGUUCAGUGAUCCAGUCAACAUCCUUCUUCGUAUAAAGAAGUCGCAAGCGUUGACUGGUGCAAGUCAGGAUAUGAGGACGGAAAAAGAGCGAGCUGACGAUCAAGACAAGAACUUGACCUCGCUGCAUGAUUAUCUGCUUGGAUCAAGUUUAUUUACCAACCGCCUGCAAGCUCAACUGAAGUCCAUGUCAGAGGAGAACAAAGCCUUGAGGUACCUGCUAGACGCUAAACAGCGCGAGUUAAAUGUGUUGCAUGGAGAGCGAAAGGUGUUUCAGCAGGAAAAUGCGGUCCUACUUGAAGACAAGAACAAGCUCUUCGAGAUCAAUCGUGACCUGUUAAGCAAACUGUUCCCGCAGUGA